AUGGCCGACGUCCCUCUCCAGGUCAUCUCGGAGAAUGCGGCCUCUGAGCGCCGCAUCACGCCGUCGUGGACCAUCACGCAGCUCCGCGCCAAGCUCGAGACCAUCACUGGCAUUCCCCCUUCGUCUCAGAUACUGAGUCUCCAGCCGUCAGCAGGGGCGGAACGCAUCCCCAUUGACGGAGCCGACGAGGACAGCAUACACCUGUCCAGCUUCCCCCUGGCUCCCUACGCCGAGCUGCAUGUGGGAGAUGCCCGACCGCCGGGCGCAAGGCCCAACUACACCGACACGUCCGGCGUGGACAAGUACGUGAUGCCCGAGGACGAGUACGAGAAAAAGACGGACUCUGUGCUGGCAUGGAAGAAGGCGCAGAAGCUGGGCCGGUUCGACCCGAACGCGCCUGACCACGAGCAGGCCAAGCUCGCAGCCCUGGACGACGAGGUGCGCCGCCGCGGCAUUGAAGUGGGUAGGCGGUGCCGGGUCGGCAGCGAAGACGCCCGCCGCGGCGUGGUACGAUACGUGGGUGAGGUCAAGGAGAUUCCCGCCGGCCGAGGCACCUGGGUCGGAGUACAGCUAGACGAGCCGGUAGGCAAGAAUGACGGCAGCAUCGCGGGAACCCGAUACUGGGGUGAGGCAUCCGAGCUCAAGCACGGUGUCUUUGUGCGGCCAGAAAGAGUCGAGGUGGGUGAAUUCCCGCCGCUGGAUGACCUGGAGGAUAUGGAAGAGAUUUGA